AUGUCGAAUAUCGAACCUGAAGAGGACACCAUGAAGGCGAACUCAGCAGCGACGAAGAUCCAGGCGAAUUUCCGUGGCUACAGAGUGCGUAAACAAUUAAAAGAGAAUCGACCACCAAGACACGAGGAAUCGAUGAAAAAGGUAUCACUGAAGCGUCAGGACACGAAGAAUUCCCUGGAGGAGAAAUCAGCGACGAAGAUUCAGGCUGGGGUCCGUGGAUUUCUGGUGAGAAAGAGGAAUCAAGUGGCUCAAGCAGCGGCUACGAGGAUUCAGGCAGGUUUCCGAGGUUUCAGGACGAGAAAACAACUGAAGAUGAACCAGUGA